CACCACUGUGGGCCAAUCAGGCUGUUAGGCAGUGGCGUCCCUAGAGGUGCGGGGGGUGUGCGCCGCAGCGGGUGACACCUACCGCACGGGGUGACACCAGACCCGCUCCACGAACAGGUAAGUUGUACAGCAAGCCAACGAUCCCCGCAGGAUGGAUCGGAUCUGCGGAUUGAGCAUAAUGGAUCGGAGUCUGAUCCAUUAUCCUCAAUCCGCAGAUCCGAUCCAUUCUGCAGGGAUUGUUGGAGGGGGUGUCACCAAGUGUUAUCGCACCGGAUGACACCUAC